AUGGCCAAGCCACGCAACUUGGCGCCGCUCCGGUCGCUCUCCGCGGCAGCGGGCCAGUGCAAGAGCCAGGCACAGGCGUAUGGACAGUGCAUGCUUGCAAACUACCAGAAUAUUGAGAGGGAUGCGUGCGCGACCGAGUUUGCCGCGUUCCAGCGAUGUGUGCAGACGACGAUGAAGCGGCGUGCGUAG